CAAUACCGUCAUAUCAUUGACGCAUAGGCCCCAUCCGAAGUUCAGCAUGAUACACGCACACAAACACACACACACACACACACCAUGCUCUGAGCCUCAUGGGCUAACCCCUUCGCUUUCUGCCACUUGCUCGACUCUGUCUUCGCGGCAUUUCUACUACUAUAUAAACACUAUCAGAUCAGUUUACAGUCUACACUUUACACAGAGCAAGGUUGACAAAAGAAAAACACUGAAAUUCUCUGCUAGAACGUUGUUAAUUAGUCAUCAAUAUUAAUUACGUACUAUGGCGUCGGCAGAGGAAGAAUCAACAACGUUGGAGCUCAUCAGGCAGCAUCUUCUUGGGGACUUCAAUUGUACUAGUUCAGAAUCCUUCUUAAAUGAUCUUGCUUUUUGUUUAGCAGAUGUUCGUAGCGAGAAUGAGUCCGUAAUUAGCCCCGGGAAGGCCUCUUCUAAUUCGGAGUCGGAUUCCGCGGGUUCUUGCAGUUCCAUCCUGACCCAACAAAACUCCCCUGUUUCUCUUUACUUCAAACUCGAACCUGAGUUUUUUGAGUUUGAUAAGGAACCCAGCGCAAAUAUCGGUUCGGGCCCUGAAUCGGGCACCCGAAUUGCGGGUUCCGGAGAAACGGACCGGAUUGUGAAUGGGCGGGGCGGGAACAGAGAAAACAAACACUUCAGAGGAGUCAGGAGGAGACCGUGGGGCAAGUUUGCGGCGGAGAUCCGAGACCCGAUCCGUAAGGGUUCCCGCAUCUGGUUGGGGACGUUUGAUACUGCAGUUGAUGCAGCCAGAGCUUACGAUUAUGCAGCUUUCAAGAUGAGAGGACGCAAAGCCAUCCUGAAUUUCCCUAUGGAAGCCGGGAAGUCUUCCCCGCCGGUAAAUUCUUGCCGUAAAAAUAGAAGGGAAUCGUGAAAUGAACGGCACGGCUGCCUUUUUACAGUUUACUAAUGUGAGAAAUUAAACUGCAGAGCUUAGUUUGGAAAUUUACUCGAAAGACCAUAAUUAAACGUGUACAUGAAAAUGUUAAAUAAGCAGAUUAUGUAUUGUACAAUUGCAACUUCGGUGUCUUCAUUUUCGUUCUCUGUUUGAUGGUUAGACGCAAAUACUCAAUCAAAAAAAAAAAAACUCCCCUUAUUUUUUGUUCCAUCACCUCCCAGUUCAGUUGUAUUUAAACACCAGAAAAAGUUAAAUAUACGUCAAUCAUAAAAACAUAGAGAGAAAUCAGUAUUGAAGUAUAAUAUAUUUCUUUUUUUUCUGUAUUAG